AAAGGGAACCACCCUUUGGAGCGGGGAGUGUGGAUCCGGUCCGGGUGGCGCCAUCCCGGUGCGGGCGCUCGUGGACGCGGCGCCGGGAACAAAACACACACACGAAAGCUUUUCCCCGCGUAGCAUGGAACGUGCCGUGCCGUGCCGCGGCGCCGUCACGGAGCGGGCAUGUACACGUCAGUGGGGAUGAAUUUAUGCUUGCCCUGUCCACUAAUUAACAGGCUCCCGAUGACACCCGCAAUUCCCGACCGGUUCGGAUGCUGGGCGCAUAGCGCUGAUACAGUAGUAUUGUAUUGCUCCUAAUUUGGUUCGGACUCCAAACAAAAUACGGUUUAUGUUUGUGCCUUGUCGAUCUGCACGACGAUAUUAAUUACUGCAAUGAGGCCACGAAAGCCAUAGUUCGAGACAAAAGAUUACCAAACAUGGAAGAAUCGCUGCCGCCGGAACUACCGUUGGAUCUCCUGGCGGAGAUCCUGUCACGCUGCGACCCGCGGACCGUGGUCCGCUUCGGCACCGCCUGCAAGCUCCUCUGGCGCCACGUGUCCGACCCGGCCUUGCGCGCCCGCCUCCGCGCUCGCCUCCCCGCCGCCGACCGCUUCCUCCUCGGCCUCCUCUACCAGCACAGCAGCCCCGCGCCGCUCUUCGCGGCGCCGUCGUCAUCCGGCUCGCGGCACCUGCCCAACGGCGUGGCCUCCAGCAUGUCCGCGGCGCUCAUGGACAGGCACGAGCCCGUGGCGUCGCGGGGCGGCCUCGUCGUGCUCCGCAGCUGGGAGCGGCCCCUGGAGCUCGCCGUGUGCGACCCUGCCGCCGGCCGCGGCGGCUUCCUCCCGCCCUGCGACGUGCACCCCGACGCCUACGCCUUGCUCCUUCCUCAGGACUACGACGACGGCGACGCCGGCGCCGGCGGCUCAGACGUCGACCCUCGCUUCGAGCUGCUCGUCAUGGACAUGGACGAGGGCAUCCGCACGCAGACCUUCUCGUCCGUGUCUCGCGCGUGGGGCCCGGUGGUCAGCGACGCCGCCACGGGCGGCGGCGUCAGGAUCCCCUACGGCUACCGGCAGGUCCAGCCGACGACCACCGUCGUGAUCGGCGGCGUCGCCUACUGGCUGUACCGCGGCGGACUCUUCGCGCCGCCGCCACCCACGCGGCACAGCUACCGCGUACUCGCCCUGGACGUGGCCACCGGGCACGCCACGUGGACCGAGGUCCCGGAGCGGUGCCACAAGCUGCGCAGGAUGCCGCUCGUCGGCGGAUCUAACGAGCCCAAGGAGCUGCUCCUCGUGCCCUACUCGCCGCCGCCAUCGCCGCCGUCGAAGAAGAAGGUCGGGCUGCUGGUCUCGGAGCUCAUGGCGAUUUCCAUGUGGGUGCUGGACGACGACGACGGAGGAACGACGUGGGCGAAGCACGUGGUGGUCGACAGGGAGAGGGUGCUUGGGCAGGUGCAGCAUUGUCUGUACGGCCCGCUGGCGCUUGCGGUCCGGGCGAUGGAGCUGGAGAGCGUCGCGGAGAGGAGCGGCACCGUGGUCAUGCAGAUGCAUGGUGUGGGGAUCUUCCUCCUCAACCUGCAGACCCUCCAGGUGCACCAGCUUCAGACAAGUUUGCACGUCAAGUCGUUUGCUAGAUACCCGUUCUGUGUGUAUGAGCUGGAUUUGAUCUCCCUGAUUCCAUCCAAAUGAUCGUGAUUCACUUUUGAGUAGGACCAUGUACCCAUGUUUAUAUCAAAAGAAUGAAAACAGAAGCAAAUUGACUGUACUGAUGUUUUCUUUAA